UCCACACACGCACUACUUCCACGCGUUUUUGUUCCUGGUCUCGCAGUCUCGACUUGGAUCGACAGCCGCGGUCAUGUUCGGUCGCUUCACGCCACUCUGAGGGGAAGUUUGCGCUGCGUCGACACACGGGGAGCACUUUUCUUUUCGCGCGGAUCGGCGCUUGGCUGAAUUUUGGGGGCAGGAAUGGUUUCGAGGAGCGCGCCGCGUCCUGCUCCUGUGUGCGGGAAGGAAGAAGUUCACACCGCCGCGGCUCUGUCGGUGCUUUACACUUUGACUGGCUUUUAAUAGAAGAGAGAGAGAGAGAGAGAGAACCAAAAGGGAGACGAUGAGCAACCACAAGGGCGGCGGGAUGGAAUCGAAAGAGAGGCUGAACGAGCUGUGGAUGUUGUACAACACGAAGAAAGACGUGGGCUACCUGCAGCAGUGGCUCGAGGCUUUUGUGGUGUCCUUCGAGAGGCUCAUUGAUGUGCAGUCACUGGAGCCUCAGAGGCUGGAGGAGUGCAGCUCUGAGGUGCCCCUGCUCCCCCGGGAGGUCCUGGUGUUCCUCAGCACCCAGCUUUGGCACAGCGUCCUGCACCUCUCCAGCGCCACCGAUCAAAACAGCAGCGCCCCACACCCACUGCUCCUCAUCAAGUUCUUCGUCAUUGUCUGCAGGAAUAUAGAGAACAUCGACCAAGAGAAGACCCCCGGCUUUGUUUUUGAAACUAUCCGGCUUUUAAAUUUCUGCUUGGACCAGCUAAAACAUGGACAAGGCGAGCAGUCUUCUCUGCAGCUGGUUGUGCAGCAUGGCCUGGUGCUUUGUGAGAGUCUGUUUGACCCUUAUCAGACGUGGAGGAGACGCCUAGCAGGGGAGGAGGUGAGCUUGCUGGAGAGGAACAAAUAUAAGUUCUCCCCGCUGGCCUUGCCAGAGGAGCUGCCUGCUCUCUUCCAUGAAAGUCUACAGGAAAGCGAGCAGAUCCCAGAGAUCCUCAUGCUCAAACUGGUCCAUCUCCAGGGAGCGGUCAUCAGCGGAGGAAAGAAGAAUGGCCUUCUCUCCAUCACCUCUCACUCAGUUGAGGACCUGCUCUCCGUUUUGCGUGCAUGGUGCUGCCGGGCCUCCUCUGAACCCAAGGACACGGGGCUCCCGCGGAUGACCUUGCAGUGCCUGACGGCGAUGAUCCACCUGCUGCACUCCAGCAGCCCUGCGGAGCGGCAGGUGGAGAUCAGGACGAUACUGGAGGGCUACUUCCAGCUCCUCAACUGGAACCGUCCUCUCAGCAGCGAGCAGCAAGACCGACAGAGCUGGGAAGACAGUCAGAUCUCGCUCCAGAGCCAAAUGCUAACUGCUGUUCCUGAGAUCCUGGAGUGCCCUGACAGACCAGUCCUGCAGGCUGUCUUCCUGAAAAACAACUGCUUCGAACACAUCCUCAGGCUAAUUCAAAACAGCAAGCUCUUUCAGAGCAACAGGCCUAUGCCGGAGCCUGACGGUGUGUGCGACCUCGCCACACAGUUGCUCACAGAGGUCGAAGUGGACCAGGUUUGGGAGAAAGGAUCAGACAGUAUUACGGUUCAUGCCUUAGGAGUCCUCACUUCUAUCAUGAGUAACUCGCCCUCUGCAAAGGAGGUUUUUAAGGAGAGGAUCGGUUACUCCCAGCUGUUUGAUGUGCUGAAGAGUCAAGGUCAACCCACCAAAAGGCUGCUGCAGGAGCUGAUGAACAUGGCAGUGGAGGGCGAGCACGUGCACGCUCAUCACCUCGGCAUUAGUAACGACCAGCCCUUGCUGCUGCUCCUGCAGUGGCUGCCUGACCUGUCGGGCCAGCGGGACCUUCAGCUGCUGGUGGCGCAGUGGCUGGCCACCGUCUGCCGCGGCUCCUUUUCCUGUCGCACCGUGGCGGUGGAGGCAGGCAUGGUGGGGGCUCUGCUGCAGGUGCUCUCCCAGCCACAGAGUCUGGACAGGCAGUGUGCGGACGCUCUCCUGGGUCUCCUGCAGGACUUGGGCUCCCUGUGUCUGAAACCAGAGGAGCUGAAGAGCCUCCUCAGACUGCUCAGGGUGGAUCAGGACAAUGGUGCAGCAAUGGGGAGGGUGCACCCCUACUGCACUCGCGUCAUCCGAGUGCUCUCGGCCAUGGCAGCCAGAGAAGGCCUGGACAGUGCCUUGCAGUACUUUGACCUGACGCCCCCUAUGGCAGGCAUCAUGGUGCCCACAGUCCAACGCUGGCCAGGCAGCGGGUUUGCCUUUCACGCUUGGCUCUGCCUUAACAUGGAGUUCCCCUUCUUUCAAUCAGACAGACCUCGUGCCAACUCUCGCACAGGUGAUGUGGUUAAAGGGCCUCGCAGGAAGCAGCUCUACAGUUUUUUCACAGCGAGCGGGACUGGACUGGAGGCCUUCUUCACCUUGGAGGGUGUUCUGGUUGUGGCUGUUUGCACUAAGAAAGAGUACAUGGCUGUCGCUCUGCAAGAGCACCCACUAAAUGACUCACGCUGGCACUCAGUGGCUAUAGUCCACCUCCCGGGCCGUCGUCCAUUUGGUCAAAACCUGGUGACCAUCUACAUCGAUGGAGAGCAACGCAAAACCUCUCAGCUUCGUUUUCCGUCUCUCAGUGAGCCUUUCACCUCCUGCUGCAUCGGCUCUGCAGGCCACCGGACCACUACCACCACCACCUCCCCCAACCUGCCCAUGAACCCAACCACCCCCCCAUCACCCGAGUUUGCCUUCCCUGCCCACGGCCCCUCCCUAAUCCGUUCCCAGUCUUUCCCGGCCUCCUUUGCGGGAGGCCACUGGGGCUCCACAUGCGACAACGCUGCGCACACCAUCCCCGCGGGACUGCAGGACACCGAGUGGGGGACACCCACGUCUCUGGACGGUCUCCUGGGCACCGCCUUCAUCUGCCACGAGGCUCUGCAGCAGACCCAGACUAGAGCUCUUUACGCUGCAGGCCCCAAUCACGUGUCCUUAUUCAAAGCAGAUGGAGAAUUAUCUGAUCUCAACAGCAAACUUCUGCUCUACUACACUCCACAGGCCUUUAAGAGCCAGAUAUGUCUGGACCUGUCUCCCAAUCACCAUUAUGAUGGCAGGCUGACGGGACACAGGGUCGUCAACUGGGACAUCAAGGAUGUCAUAAAUGUGAUGGGAGGCGUAGGUGUUUUGUUGCCGCUGAUCGAGCAGGUGUGCGAGGCCGAGCAGUUUUACAACAGUGGUCAGGAGAUCUCAGACUUGCUCGGACCAGAGCUCACCCCCUCCAGAGGCCCCGCUGCCAUGCUGCUGCCGCUGAACAAGUCCGUAGAGGGCCGACUAGAGACAAACAGCAUUGCUGCUUUCCUGCUGAUGGUGAAGAACCUGAUUCGUCAUCACCCUGUAAAUCAAGAGAGCCUGUUGCUCUGCCACGGGCCGAGCGUCAUAGGAGCCAUGCUCAGCAAAGUUCCCGGCAGUAUGAUCGACAUGAACGUGUUAAUGGCCUGUCAGCUGCUGCUGGAGCAGGUUUUCAAAGAGAGCAACAGUCCACUUCUGCAGCAGCUCUACCAGCACCUGCUCUUUGAUUUCCGCAUCUGGACCAAAAGCCAUUUUGCUGUUUGUCUGGCACAUGUGCAGUACCUGUCAACUGUGAUAAACAAAGGCAAGCAGCGCAUGAAGAGGAAGUAUGGAGUUCAGUACAUCCUGGAUACCAUCCGGACGUUCUACAGUGUGGAGAAAGAUGGCAGCUCUCUGUCCGAUGAGAAGCAAACGAUCCAGACCUCUCUGUUCACCUUGCUGAAGGACUUCCUCAAGUCUCCGACAUCAGAAGAGCUCCACAGCGUCCUCGCCUACAUUCUGGCUGUAGGAGAGGAGCAGCAGGUUGUGAUGGCUCUGGAUGUGCUGUAUGCGCUGUUGAGGAGCAGCCCUCCUCGGGAGCAGGUGCAGGCCGUGCUGCUGGAGUGGGGCGUGGAGCAGCUGUACUGCCUGCUGCUCACUCCCAGCUUCGGAGACGAGGCCAGAGAGAGGGUGUUCAGGGUUCUGUACAAAAUCCUCAAGAGCGAGCGAGUGUCCGAGCGGAACAAGCAGCGCAUCAAGCUGAAGGAUUUCGGCUACCUUGGCCUGGUUUGUGUCCUUGAAGAUGUUCCCGUCAGCAUGAUCACCGUGCGCUGUCUGUACGAGCAGGUUCUCGCUACAGAUGCCAGCCCUAACUUCAGAGACCUCCUGGCUGUGGUCUGUCUGUCCCAUCGAGCCGAGCUCACGGUGCGUCUGGACGUCUGUCGCAAGCUCUUUCAUCUGAUCUACACCAACGAGGAUUAUGUGAAGCAGCUCGCUAAGCAGCCCGGCUGGCAGGACGUUCUCACCAAACUCUAUGUGAAAGAGUCCUACGAGGUCCACACUGCCAGCAUUGAAGACUCCAGCUCCUUUGAACCGAAUCAUCGGCCGCAGCUGCAGCGAGAUCAGGCCCUGGUCAUAGAGGACACCCGCAGCGACAUGUUCCUGAGGUACCGCACCUCGGAGGACAUGGAGGACGAGGAGGAGGAAGAUGAUGGUGGCCAGCGGGACAUCUCCGAGGGAUUCUCUGAUUUAUCCCAGUCGCCUCCGAGUGGAGGUGGAGGCCCCCAGAAAAAGUUCACCGGCUCCCACCACUUCAAGUCGUUUGAUUCAGUCGACCAGGGCAGCCAAUCAUCCAUCUUCAAUGCAGUCGAUAUCACCUCGUCUUGCCCUAAUGAAGAGGGGAGGGAGUACCAGCCGCUCUCGCCCUUUGGUACAUCACCUUUAGAUUUGGAGCUCGGGGGAAUGGGAGACAUGGGAACACACACUCCUGCAGGGAGUCUGAAUAACACACCGUCUCCUCUAGAGCACUGCAAACCAUUUCCUCCACUCAGACCCAGGAAGAGCUCCAGUCUGUCCAAUGUGCUGGAUGAAACGAGCUAUGGGACGGACCCUCCCACUGGAGACACAAUCUCCAACACGUCCAACCCCCAGCAGACCCCUGAAGAGGAGCUGUGCAACCUCCUCACCAACAUCGUCUUCUCCGUUCUGUGGAGCGGCAGCGGGGCAGAGGGGGCGGGGGACGUGGUGUGGAGGGAGAGAGGACAGGUGUUUUCUGUUCUCACCAAACUGGGCUCAUCCUGCCAACUGGUCCGCCCUCCCGAUGACAUCAAACGCAGUUUGUUGGAGAUGAUGCUGGAGUCGUCUCUGUCGGACCUGAGGGACGCCCAGGGAGUGUCCCUGCCUUUCUGUCCCAGUCUGGUUCGACUACUCAGGCUGCUGCAGGACUUCCUGUUUGCGGAGGGUACAGACAACCGUGCACUGUGGAGUGAAAAGAUCUUUGAAGGGGUGGUGAACCUGCUGGACAAGUUACAGGCCUGGCAUAGCACCCCUGGCAGCCCCGGCCACACUGAACUGAAGGAGAUGGCCCAAAUCGGCCUGCGUAUCAUCACCGGAUACAUUCAGCAGCAGCACUCACAGGUGUGUGUGAUGGCCUGUGUGAAGCUCCACAGCCUCCUGCAGACUGUGCUGUGUCUGAGCUGGGAGGAGGUGUGCUUCCUGCUGGGGCAGCUGGGCGCCCCGCUGUGGCCAGGAGGUGUAAUGGACGGCAGCAACUGCGUACACCCGGAGACCUUCUCCCAGCUGGUGCCCGUCGUGCGAACCCUGCUCGAUCAGCACGCUGACCCCGUCACCCUCCAGAAACUGCUGCCCAACCUGCCCAUCACCAACGGCAGCCCCACGUUCGCCCAGGACCUGAAGGUUUACUGUCACACGCUGGAGUGGCAGGGCUUUUAUCAGCAAGAGGUUCAACCCACCAUGGAGCAGUAUGAGCUGGACACAUUCGGCCGUUGCCACGACAUCAUGUCAAAUUUCUGGAACUCGUGCUUCGACGACCUGAUGAGCACGUCCUUCAAACGGGACAAAGACAGAUCUGACAGCAAAUCCAAGUUUCAGGAAGUGAUUGUGGACCCCCACAUGAAGCGAGUCAGAAUUGAGAACAACAGGUACUUCAGUUGGCAGAAGCUUAACUCCAGCCAGCAGGGGGUGGUGUUGCAGCACUGGCGAGCUCUCCGCAGGCUGUUGACCAGUGAGAGAGGAGCAUGGGCCCACAGAGUUCCACCAGAGGUGAAGUGGAAAUUGUCCAAUGCAGAGACAUAUUCCAAGAUGCGUCUCAAACUUGUUCCCAACUACAACUAUGAUCCUCACAUCGAGGCCAGUGCCCUGAGGGACAACAUGGGAGCUGACAGUCCUCGCAGCUCUGAACCUCUCCCAUUGGCUGUUGCCAAGGAAGCAAAAGUGAGCGACAUGGAGGAUGAUCAGUUAGGAGAAGAGGACCUCGUCUUUUUGGACGAUAAGGUGGAGGGAGAAGACGAGAGCCAGAAAGAGAAACUGGUUCUGUCUGAGGACUGCGAGCUCAUCACCAUCGUGGCGGUCGUUCCUGGUCGACUGGAGGUCACCACGCACCAUCUUUACUUCUAUGAUGGCAACAGUGAGAAAGAAGAGACAGAAGAGGGAAUCGGGUUUGAUUUCAAGAGGCCUCUGUCUCAGCUCAGAGAAGUUCAUCUGAGGCGCUACAACCUGCGACGCUCUGCGCUGGAGCUGUUCUUCAUAGAUCAGUCUCACUACUUCCUCAACUUCAAAAAGAAGGUGAGGCUCAGUGCAACUGUACAUACUUUAUUAAGUAUUAAUAAAUGUCUUUUAAAUAAUAUGGUAAUCGAUAAAAUAAAAAUACUUUGCUUGCCUAUUCAGGUACGAAACAAAGUAUAUUCCAGGAUCCUGGGGCUGCGGCCUCCCAACCUGUUUUACUUUGGCUCCCGCUCCCCUCAAGAGCUCCUGAAGGCAUCUGGGCUCACACAGAAAUGGGUGUGCAGGGAAAUCUCCAACUUUGAGUAUUUGAUGCAGCUGAACACCAUCGCUGGACGCACUUACAACGACCUGUCGCAGUAUCCUGUGUUCCCCUGGAUUCUGUGUGACUACACCUCGCCUAUUCUGAAUCUGGAGGACCCGUCCGUUUUCAGAGAUCUGUCAAAACCCAUCGGUGUGGUCAACGCACGCCACGCACAGAAUGUCAGAGAGAAGUAUGAGAGCUUCGAGGACCCCACGGGCACCACUGAUAAAUUCCACUAUGGCACACACUACUCAAAUGCAGCAGGAGUCAUGCACUACAUGAUCCGCAUGGAGCCAUUCACCACCCUGCAUAUCCAGCUGCAGAGUGGCAGGUUUGACUGUUCAGACAGACAGUUUCACUCAGUGGCAGCCGCCUGGCAAGCUCGCAUGGAGAGUCCCGCUGACGUCAAAGAGCUCAUCCCAGAGUUCUUCUACUUCCCAGAAUUCCUGCAGAACAUCAACGGAUUCGACCUGGGACGUCUGCAGAUAUCUCAGGACCCUGUGGCGGAUGUGCUGCUGCCUCGCUGGGCCACGUCGAGAGAGGACUUCAUCAAGAAACACAGGAAAGCUCUGGAAUGUGAGCACGUGUCCAAUCACCUCCACGAGUGGAUUGACCUGAUCUUUGGUUACAAGCAGAGAGGUGAAGAGGCAGUGAACGCACUCAAUGUCUUCUACUACUGCACCUACGAAGGUGCAGUGGAUUUGGAUGCAAUAGCCAACGAGAAUGAGCGAAAGGCCCUGGAAGGCAUCAUCAGCAACUUUGGUCAAACACCCUGUCAGCUCCUGAAGGAGCCUCAUCCUACUCGGAUAUCGGCUGAGAACGCAGCUAGGCGGCAGGCCCGCCUGGACACCAUGCCCCCAAAUAUCUUUGAGGAGCUCAAGAAACUCAGACCAUUUGUGGAGGUGGUGUGUGACGGGCUUCCUCUGGUGCAGGCAGUGGUACCAAAGAACCAGAAUCGUUCCUUCAUCAUUCAGGGCUCAGACAUACUGGUGACUGUGAGUUCAAACGGGUUGAUAGGAACACACAGCUGGCUGCCAUACGACAAAAACAUUGUCAACUACUUCACCUUCACUAAGGACCCAACGAUGACUAACCCCAAGACGCAGCGUUUCCUGAGUGGACCUUUCUCUCCCGGGGUGGAGAUCAGCGCCCAGGUGCUGGUGGUGUCCAACGAUGGACGCCUGCUGUUCAGCGGAGGACACUGGGACUGUAGUCUCCGCGUCACCCAACUGGGCAAGGGCAAGCUGGUGGGCAGGAUCUGCCGGCAUGUUGACGUAGUGACUUGCUUGGCUCUCGACCUCUGUGGCAUCUACCUCAUCUCUGGUUCAAGAGACACCUCCUGUAUCGUGUGGCAGGUCCUGCAGCAGGGUGGUUUCUCCAGCGGCUUGUCUCCUCGGCCGGUGCAGGUUCUCUGCGGACACGACCAGGAGGUCACCUGUGUGGCCAUCAGCACUGAAGUGGACAUGGCUGUCUCAGGGUCAAAGGACGGGACUGUAAUCGUGCACACUGUCCGACGAGGCCAGUUCCUGCGAACACUGCGACCCCCCAGUAGCAGCUGUGUGCCCGCCCAAAUCUCUGAGCUCCAGGUCGGCAGUGAAGGUCACAUUGUGGUGCAGACGACGCCAGAGGAAAACUCCCACAAGAAGGGCAAGUACUCCAUUCAUGUUUACUCUGUAAAUGGCUGUCUGCUGGCCUCCCUCAACAUGGAGGAGCAGGUGACUGCUCUGCACCUGGUGUCCGAAUACGUCAUCCUGGGCACCAUGCAGGGCAGCCUCCACAUACUGGACUUAUACAGUCUGGACGCUCCGGUGACGCCCCUGGCAUUGAAGGUUCCUGUGAGGAGUGUGUCCGUGACAAAGGAGUGCAGCCACAUCCUUGUGGGACUGGAGGAUGGAAAGUUGAUUGUGGUGGGGGCAGGGAAGCCAGAGGAGGUUCGCUCGGGACAAUUCUCCCGUCGCCUGUGGGGCUCCACUCGCCGCAUCUCUCAGGUGUCGUCAGGUGAAACUGAAUACAAUCCCACUGAGAACGCUGGGAAAUGAGAUGAGCAAUGGUGGAGGACCUCUGUGGACUCCGCACCGCUGAUACAGCCACCAGACUCAACAAGGCCUUUCUUCCUUUACAAGCUGGGCAGCUGUCCUCCUCAGCCACUGAUCUCUCUGAGAGAGCCACUAUACACUGAGCACUUUUUAAAUUCUGCAAUGAUUUGAUAUUUUAUUGCGUAUCUCUUUUCCAGUUGUGUAGUGUUUUUAAUCAGCAUCAUUCCAAAGAGUGGCCUUGUUUAAUGGAGAGCUAAGAGCUCUGUGUUUGCGGAUUGUCAGACUAUUUACACUGAGUCGUAUUUCAAGGAAAUGACUCACUGAUGCACACUCGGCCUCAGACACACAGACAGAAAAAUGCUGUGAACUUCAUGUUCGUGGCUCGUUUUCCUGUCAGAGGCACAGCCGCCAUCUCCGGGCUGCUGACCGUCUUUGGCAAUGGCGCCUUCGUAAAAACUCCUCGAAAACUUGAAAAUCCACUGCAGACGUUGCUCGAGAUCUCCACAUUGCAAUACCGGUGGGCACCACAAGAGAGAGACACAUGUGGGGGGGUGUGGGGGGGUGGGGGGGAGGACAAGUGAUCACAAGUGAGCCUUUGCUGUGUUAUCAUUUUUAGCGGUUGACGUCAAGACUAGCUGAGGCUUUACACCAGAAGUGCACCACAGCUACACAGUGUAUAACUGCAUUCCUGAGGCUCUGAGCAAUGUACAACUGUUACAAUUAAAGCAAUAACUGCUUUAAUGGUUUAUGUAUGUUAAAUAUCUUCUCUUUUUUUUAAAAAUCCUGAUUGUUGAGCUUGGAUGCAAUGAAACUGAAAGAGGAGAGCCGACUGUGGCCUCACACACACACACACAACAGCGUGGAAGUCUGGUACACACGACUCUGUCCCUGUUUGAUUUGAUCUGAAAAGUGCCUUUUUAAAGCUUGAGCCAUGUAUAAACACUGAAAGCCAAACGCUUAUUUCAUACAGAUAUUUCAGAUUUGUAAACCCAAAACACACCUCAGUACUCGGCCUUGACUCCGACGUGGAUGAGAUGUUCAUGAACUCAGUAAACUAAUGGACAGCUGGAAGUGAAUAGUGUCUCUGCAAGCGCUGCAAACUUCUGAAGACAAGAUGACUGCGAAACACGUGAGCGGAGAGUCUGUGAGCCAGCUUCAGAGGAAUUCACUUCCUGCCAGCGUCUUUUACUGUGGUUGGAACAGAGUGGUUGUUAUGCCGUGUCAUGACAGGAGUGAGACAAAGGAAACUAUUUGGGAGAAUACAAUUCCCACAACAUGGAGCACACAUACAAAUUACCAUGUCUUUGCAAGUGUAAGCGAGGGGAAAAAAAGAAGCUAUAUUUGAGAGGUUGUCACAGAGACUGUACAGAAAAUCACAUUUUAAUCAGAUUAUACAACUAAGACUACUGAAUAUAAAGGGUUGUUUGCAUGUGCAGCUGUGGAAUCAUCCAGUUUGCUGUUGUGCACACUGAUAACGGUUUAUAUAACAUUGCACUGGUUUUCUCUUAAUGUUAUGAAUGUAAUUUUUUCUCACGUAACUAUGCAGUAACACUGAAUCAGUUUUGCGGUCGGGUUGGGUCUUUACAGUCAUCAGAGUCACAUCACUAUCAGAAAGGGGUUUUAAAUCGUGCUGUUUAUAAUGUAUUUGAUGACAUUUGUUGUUCAACUGUGCCCAUAAAUAUAUUGAUUGUG